GCUGCUGGACAUAGGCCCUGCAUCAUCAACUGAUUUACUAGGGCCAUGUCAGUGGCAGCAUCUGUGACACACUCUGCCUCUAUACUGCCUUCUCUACGGAAAAACCAAGUGGCCUUGAAGGAGGGUAAGAUAAAGUUUCAGACUUGGGCUCAGCAGAAGAGGGACAUGAGGCUGGGGCCAGUGCCAGGAUCUUCAUGUUUCAGUUUGAGGAUUGUGUUGCUCUUGGUGAUUUCUCUGCCAAGCUUGUACUGUGACCUGGGAUCAGUAUAUUACUCUUCCUAUGAAACAGUCACCCCCAAGAGUCUGACAGUGGAAGGAAGGGAAGACCAAGUGGAAAAGCUCUCCUAUGUGCUAUUUAUGCAGGGCCAGAAGCAGUUGAUUCAACUGAAGGUGAAGAGAGACUAUUUUGUGAAUAACUUUCCAGUCUUCAGCUACCACGAUGGCAUCCUGGGGCAAGAAAUGCCUUUCAUCUCACAUGACUGUCAUUAUGAAGGCUACAUAGAAGGAAUCCCAGGUUCUUUUGUUUCUGUCAACACCUGUUCAGGCCUCAGGGGCGUCCUGAUUAAGGAGGAAAAAUCCUAUGGCAUUGAGCCCAUGCACUCUUCAAAACGGUGUGAACAUGUGCUGUACACCAUGGCCCAUGAAGCUCCAGUCUCCUGUAGUGUCACUUCCAAUGACAGCCAAGUGGCAUUCACCAGCCGGCAACAAGAGAGCAGCAAGCCUCGCAGUCGGCAGGUGCCAUCCUACUUGUGGUCACACACCAAGUACGUGGAGAUGUUUGUCGUGGUCGACAACCAGCGGUUCCAAAUGUGGGGCAGUGACGUCAAUGAGACAGUCCAGAGAGUAAUGGACAUCAUUGCUCUGGCCAACAGCUUCACCAGGGGAAUAAACACAGAGGUGGUGCUGGCUGGAAUGGAGAUUUGGACUGAGGGGGACCUCAUAGAGGUCCCAGUGGACCUGCGAGUUGCACUCAGGAAUUUCAAUAGCUGGAGACAAGAGAGGCUCUUCCAUCGUGUGAAGCAUGAUGUUGCCCACAUGAUCGUUGGACACCAUCCUAAAGAGGAUACGGGGCAGGCAUUUCUCAGCGGUGCCUGUUCAAGUGAUUUUGCAGCAGCCAUUGAAUCCUUCCACCAUGAGGAUGUCCUCCUGUUUGCAGCACUCAUGGUCCAUGAGCUUGGGCACAACUUGGGUAUUCCGCAUGACCAUUCGGCCUGCGUUUGUAAAGAUAAACCCUUUGGCCUCAUGCGUGAAAAUAUCACUAAAGAAAGUGGCUUCAGCGACUGCAGCUCUGACUUCUUCUACCAGUUCCUCUGGGAACACAAAGGGGCCUGCCUAUUUAACAAGCCUGGGCACAGAGGCCGCUUACGGAGGAAAGCCCAAUGUGGUAAUGGUCUCCUGGAGGACACUGAACAGUGUGACUGUGGUUCUGAUU